UUUAGACGCGAUGACAUUGAAGAUGAAGAUUUUGUAGAAAGUUAUGUUAAUCAUAUGAAAAAGAAAGGCAUUGAGGUUGGAAAAAGCCAACGUCCAAUCGAAAAAGAUGAGAAUGCUAAUUCAGAUGAAGAGGUCUAUGCUACUGCUCGAGCCAUUGACGCGCAAUACGAAUAUGAUUCAGACGACAAUCCAGUAAUAGAACAAAAGCGUAAAGAUGUAGAGCCACUGUCAGCUGUUGACCAUUCUCAAAUGGACUAUCCUGAAAUUGAAAAAUUCUUUUAUGAAGAACAUCCUGAUAUAGCCAAUUUGCCUAAAGAACGUGUUGAUCUAAUACGAAAAGAACUUGAUAUGCAUGUUUCGGGAGCUGACGUUUCAAAACCUUGCAUUUCAUUUGCUCAUUUUGGAUUUGAUGAUGCUUUAUUAGAUGUUAUUAUUAAACUUGGAUAUUCAGACCCUACUGGGAUUCAAAAACAGGCAGUCCCUGUCGCGUUAUCAGGUCGAGAUAUUAUAGGCAUUGCGAAAACAGGUUCCGGUAAAACUGCAGCUUUUAUAUGGCCGAUGUUAAUACAUAUAAUGGAUCAGGAGGAAUUGUCUAAAGGUGAAGGCCCUAUCGGAUUGAUAUUAGCACCUACAAGAGAGCUUGCCAGUCAGAUAUAUAUUGAAGCUAAAAAGUUUGCAAAGGCUUAUGGUCUGAGAGUUGCAGCAGUUUAUGGAGGUGCUUCGAAAAUGGAUCAAUUUAAAGAACUGAAACCUGGUGGAAUUGAAAUCUUAGUCGGUACUCCUGGAAGACUUAUCGAUAUGGUGAAAAUGAAAGCGACAAAUUUUCGACGCGUUAGUUUCUUAGUCCUUGAUGAAGCCGACCGUAUGUUUGAUUUGGGAUUUGAGCCGCAAGUGCGAUCUAUUUGCGACAAUAUUAGGCCCGAUAGGCAAACAUUGUUAUUUAGUGCCACAUUUCCUAAAAAAGUAGAGAUCCUAGCCCGAGAAGUGACAACAGAACCUGUGAGAAUUUCGAUUGGAUAUGUUGGACAAGCAAAUACUGAUAUAACUCAAAUUAUCGAAGUUUUAACUGAUGAUGGAUAUAAGUGGGAUUGGUUAAUUACACGCUUAGCUUCGUUUUGUGUUG